GGUGCGCGGGAGCGAGGCGGGCAGGGGGAGCGGCGGGGGCGGGGGGGCCGAGCCGCCGCACGCUUUCGCCACUGCACGGGAGAGGGGGCCGGAGGCUGCAUGUGCGCAGCUCCGCCCGCGGAUCCCCGAAGCCCGCUCGCAGCAUCCCGCGGAUCCCGGCCAGCGCAGCGAGGGAACGCCGCCCGCCGCCUGCCAUGGACGAGGGCAUCUCCCGCCUGCCCGAGCGGCAGCUGCUGGAGCACCGCGAUUUCAUAGGGCUGGAGUACCCGGCGCUCUACAUGUGCAAGCCCAAGCGCGGCGUGAAGCGGGACGAGAGCAAGGAGACGUACAAACUGCCGCACCGGCUGAUCGAGAAGAAGCGGCGGGACAGGAUCAACGAGUGCAUCGCGCAGCUGAAGGACCUGCUGCCCGAGCACCUCAAGCUGACGACGCUGGGGCACCUGGAGAAGGCGGUGGUGCUGGAGCUGACGCUGAAGCACCUGAAGGCGCUGACGGCGCUGACGGAGCAGCAGCACCAGAAGAUCGUCGCGCUGCAGAGCGGGGAGCGCUCCGUCAAGUCUCCGGUGCAGGCCGACCUGGACGCUUUCCACUCGGGCUUUCAGACGUGCGCUAAGGAGGUGCUGCAGUUCCUGUCCCGCUCCGAGAGCUGGACCCCCCGCGAGCAGCGCUGCGCCCAGCUCCUCGGCCACCUGCACGCCGUCUCCUCGCAGUUCCUGCCCGGCCCGCGGCUCCUCUCGCCGCCGCCGGGCCCGCUCGCCAAGGGACCCUCCUCCUCUUCCUCCCCGCCCGCCCCCCUCCGCGCGCCGGCCCGCAAGCCGGAGGGCCAGGCGCACUGCGUGCCCGUCAUCCAGCGGACUCACGCCGCCGAGCCGGGCGCCGAGACCGACACGGACACGGACAGCGGCUACGGCGGAGAGGCCGAGGCGCGGCCGGAGCGCGGCGCGGGGCCGGUCGGGCCGCUCCCCGCGCUGCCCGUCAAGCAAGAGCCGGCGGGGGACGAGGCGCCGCCCGCGCCCAAGCGGCCGAGGCUGGAGCGGGGCGGCAGCCCCCCGCCCGGCGCCGCCCUGCCCGGCGCUGCCCGCGGCGCCGACGCCGCGCUGCUGAGCUCGCUGAUGGCGCUGGGCGCGGGCGGCGGCGCGGCGCCCUUCGGACAGCCGGCGGCUCCCUUCUGCCUGCCCUUCUACUUCAUCUCCCCCUCGGCCGCCGCCGCCUACGUGCAGCCCUUCCUGGAUAAGGGCGGCCUGGAGAAGUACCUCUACCCCGCCGCCCCCAUCCCGCUGCUCUACCCCGGCAUCCCGGCGCAGGCGGCCGCCGCCGCCGCCGCGGCCGCCGCGGCCGCCGCCUCCUUCCCCUGCCUGUCGUCCGUGCUCGGCCCCGCCGAAAAGGCGGCCGGGCUGUCCCCGGCGCCCCACCUGCCGCCCCCAUUCGCCGCCGCUGCGGUGCCCGCCGCCGAGCCCGGCGAGGAAGCGGAGCCCGCGGCCGCCGAGGAGCCCGGCACCGAAGGGCCGUGAGCGCGGAGGGCGGGCGGGAGGCGGUGCCGGAGGGGCCCGCGGAACCCCCCGCGCCGCUGCCCUACAGAGGACCGUCCCGGACGAAAUUUGCUACUCAGUAUUUUUUUAAUGUUUGGCUUUAUAAGUGCAUACGUAUGUUAAGGAAAAAAAAAAAAAAAAAAAAAAGAAAGAAAAAGAAGAAGAAAAGGAAGAGAAAUAGUAAGGAUACUUUUUUUUUUUUUUCUCUCUCUCUCUCUAAGGUAACUUAAAUGUCGCACCUUAUUGUGAUGGGUUUGUAGUGUCCCUGAGUCCCGCCGAGAUGCUCGCACCGCGCCGGGCGGGCUCAGGUUGGGGCGGAGGGGCGGCGGAGCCCCGCACCUGUGCCAGCACUUUAUGGGCGGCCGCAGUGCCUUGGGCACCCCGGGGCGCCGCCGGCUUCGGGCGUGCGGGGAAGGAGGGCAGUGCCGUUAUGUAACCCCGCGUUCGGCUGUUCUGUUUUCGGCUGAGGUAUACAGCUGCGGCGAGUGCGUCUGUGCUCACCCGUCUUUAUUUAAUUCAGUAUGUUCCCCAGAGAUUUCCCCCCGAACCGUGCUGUAUAAAAUGAAUGUUUCUGCACUGAACUACGGAAAGAAAACCCCUCUCUCUCUCCCUCCCCUCCCCUCCCUAAGAAAGCGGAGAGCGGCUCGUCAGCUCGAGCUCGUUUGAGCGUAAGUUCUGACUGACACAAACCGGAGGAAAAACCCCCCGCUUUGCAAUCGGACGCCGAGACCUUUGGGGCAACUUUCCCGGCCGGGCUCUCCCCUCAUCCCACUCCCGAGCACCGCGAUUUCCCUUUCUGGAGCCAAACCAGACGCCAGAUAAUCACACAGAUAAAGCUUUUAUAAUAAGGCUUAAACCGAGACCUUGCCUGGAUAUUUUUAGUUUGUUGCCAAGGUAGCACUGUGAGAAAUCUCACUUGAAUGUUAUGUAAGAGGUGAGACACAACAGUCUGACUCGGCGCGAGCGCGUACCCGGCUCGGCCCGGCGCUUCGGUGCAUUGCUGCUGCUGUUGCUGCUGUUCGCCUCAAACGCUGUGUUUAAACAACGUUCCAGACCUUAGCGGCCUACCGAGUGGCUGUAUGUACAUAGUUGUUAAUACAUCCAAUUAAUGAUGUCUGACAUGCUAUUUUUGUAGGGAGAAAAUACGUGUUAAUGAUAUUUUGAGUUAAAUAUCUUUUGGGAGGAUUUGCUGAAAAAGUUGCACUUUUGUUACGAUGCUUACGCUUGAUACAAGCUUACGCUGUCUUAAAUUAUUAAAAGAAAAUAAAUCCUGUCUGCAAGAAACCAGCUGGUUUAGAACAGAUUAGUAUGUGAUAUAUUAGAGACCGAUCUUUAUAUUCCGUAUUUUCCAGCACUCCGUGAAUUCUAUUAUCUAAAUAUUUCCACACUAUUUUGUGAUUAAAAAAAAUUCUUACUAAGGAAUAAAAACUUUAAUACGCAAAACGGGGUUGUCUACUAAUUAAGAACCUUACGAUAAUAGGUAAUAACAAUAGGUGCAGGGAGCGUCCCACGCUGUGAUGCUGCAGCUGACGGCGAUCGCUGCGCGCCUCGUUACGUUUUGAAGCUGGGUUUCAAUGUGCUCUGUUUCCUUUAAGUCACUUUGGCCAUCUCCAAUGUAAGAGGUGCGUGUUCCACAAAGCAGUGCGUAAAGUGCACAUGGAACAGAUGUGCUUCUUCCUGAUGCUGACCUUUUCCCUCUUCUUCCCGCAAAAUACUAAUUUUGUCUUUUAAACUGAAUCCUUUGCGUUUGUGCUGCUGUGUGUAUGCUGUCUUUGUUCACUAUGAGCAAACGUGAUGGUCGACGUGACGGUCAGUUCCAUGAAUACCUGAACUCCAGAGGAACGAUAGACGUCCCAGUCUGGAAAUCAGCUAGGGGAGCUGAACCUCUGGGACAGUGGGAGCAGGGUAGUGGGAGCAGGCAGAUCAUGCACAGCAUGGAAAUACACCACCCUAAAGACCUCCGUAGGUUUAAUAUCUGAGCCGUUCAUCACCUUUUCUUCCUGUUCCAGGGAAAUAAAAUUAAGGAAGCCCUCCAACAGUAGCCUGCGUUUAUGUAAGAGAGAAAUAGAGAGUGCUUCUUGCUCCCUCUUCUGGUUCCUCAGCACCAGUGCCCUGUACUCGGCUGCACCGACAGAAUGAAGCUGGAGCAUAGACAUCACGGCAAAGUCUGGGACUCGUGCUGACUCCAGCGGUCCUUUGAGAUACAAGAGGAUGUAUAAAUCGGAUGAAAAAUAAGUUCUUCUCUUAAACUGUUUAAACACGAUUGUUAAGAAGUAGGUGUGUGUCUCUUUGUAUUCUAUAGUAACAUUAAUUUCAGCUAGAAAAAGAUACCAUAGAAAGAUCCCAAUCUGUGAUUUUUCCCAUUCAGUCUCAGGGCUGCUACUUCACAGCCCUUGCCUGUCAAGAUCAGUUACUGUGGGCUGAAAGCAAAGUGUAUCGAAGGCAAUAUUAAAAACUGCCGCUGGCCAUGGAUGCUGUUGCACGUGCAUGGGGCUGUCACAGGGAUGAAAGGGAGCUGGAUGCAGCCCUUCUGCUCUGCAGCUCACCAGCUACUUUGCUUUGACCUGCAUACCUAAACAGCUACAUUGUGCUGACCGUGCUCAUGUACCAUCUGGCCAGGUAGGGAAUGGGCCUUACUGUACGUGAAGACCUUCCUGUCAAUUUAUGACAUGCCCAGAAAUGGCAGAACCGUGAAGGCUUCUGAAAAAAGCCCAUCGCUACCCCUCCUACACAGCUUGGGUGGUGUGAAACCUGAGUGAGGACCAGGUUCUGUGGCUUCAUCACUUUCCAGCUUUUGGGAAUACGGAUCAGCUUAGAUUUUGUUGGGCUAUAAACCAAGAUCCUUAUGAUGUUUUACCAAUUUCAGUGUUUACCGUGUACAAUAGCAGGAUGGCUUAUUUUUAUUAGCCCUUGAAUCAAGCAUGCCAAAUGAUUUCAUGCCGAGUUACGGCAUUAAUGGAGUCUAUUAAUUUAUUACAUAAAACAUAAAGGCAAAACAUGUGUGUUCAGAUAAUACCAAUGCCUAACAAAAGCAAACAGAUUUAAAAGAGGCUUGUAAUUGGAGAUGAUAACCCACUGCUGCUGGAGGCAAGAGGCAAAUGCCAGGAGGGAUCCAAAGAGUCAGCUCUUCAGGUUUUCAUUCAACUCCAGGCUUCCUCAGAUCCCUUUGGAGCCCAAGCCAAACUAUGUUUUACAUUUUCUCACAGUUAAAUAGAUACAUAUAAACAACAUACAACAGCCUGGCAGGCUUACGUAUAUAUUCAACUGCAUGCAAAUAUCAGUGCUGGUCAUUCCUACCUACUUUCUGUAACUCUAUAAUACGUGGUGCAACUCUUACCUGUGCUUCCCGGGUGCUAGCAGUGCAGGACUGGGUGCUGUACGUGUGGCAUAUGCUGGGAUAGAUACUGUAUUUCUCAUAAACCACGAGACACAACAUAAAGGGGUAAAUGUAUUUUCUUAAGCAAUAAAGUUAGAAAACAGUACAUUAUGACAGCACGGAAGGUUCUACCACAGUGUGCCAAAUAAAGAUUGUUAAGGCAGUAGAAGGUAAUAUCGUAUAACUCCCACUUAAGGCAAUGAAAGUUUUAUGUUUGGAAAGAUUACAGUUACAGAACUCAAACUGACUAUUGACUCUGUUUAAGAAAGGCCUGACCUACCAAUUAAGUCAGUGUGAGUCUGUUUCUUGAGCGUAAUUGGUUUUGAAGUAGGUCUCAGUCUAAGUUGUGGGGCUUUUUUGUUUGUUAGCUUGGUUUAAUUUUUACUGCUAGUUGGGGCAGACUGACUGUGUUCAAUACUCAGCAAGCCUGGGGACUGCGUGCACUGCAGUGUUUCGGCACAGGCAAAUUUAUAGUCUGUGGGUCUCACAAUGUGUUUCCUUUCCUCUUUGAACAUCAACUCCUGAAGUCAUGUGAUCUUUGCCUUCACUUGAGAAGUUUCCUGCCUGUUAGCUGCAGAAAUGUACUUAAAAUAUGACCUUAAAGAAAACAAGAAACAGAAAUGCCUAAUUUCCUCUCUGUAAAAGAACUUGUAAUUUUUAGAACCAGCUUCACUCAAGAAAGCCUGACUCUCUCUUCACUGUUGCUGGCUAUGCUGCAGAACAGCUCAGAGAAACCAGUGGUUCACCUGCCGCUAGCAGCAGCUGUGCAAGUCGCAGACAAACCCAGGCCAGAGUGAGCUGUUGCUGCCACUUGUCUCUGGGUCCCUUGUGUAGUCACAGGUCUCCAGGUUUGCCCACCUCCUUUGAAUACAAACCUCGCCACUACCUCCAUCACCCAGGCCCAGGUCAAGCAGCAUGGCUCUCUCUGCCUCCCUGAACACAUGGAUGCCCAGCAGCACUGUUGCUGCCUGCUCCUGGGGCACCAGCAUGCCUCCUCCUGCCUGGCAGCGCCUGGAGGAGGCAGGUCAUGCAUGGCACGGGCGGCAGGCCAUGGCCUUGUGCUUCCCAGGAAGCUGGGACCAUGGUUUCAGGCAGCUCUGUAAGGCCCAGGGCCAGGGGACAGCUUUCUCCAGCAUCCGUAGAGACCUUCUGUUAUUGUUUUCAUUCCUAUUAUGUAUUUCCAAAGCUCAGUGUCCCUGUCCGUUUUUGAUCCUGGUGCAGGCCACAAGCACGUGCACUGAUUUUCACCAAUCUUUUACCUCAGCCAAGAUCUUCUGGGGUCAAAUAAGAAAACGAGGAUUUGUUCCUCAAUAGAAACACAUCCACGUUCCCUUCCCCACCGAGUUUAUCGCAGUCAGGUGCUCAAUCUAGCACAACGGACACAACACUAACUGGCACAAAUCCCAUCUGAGUGCUCUGUGGGCUGGGUCCCUCCAUCCUGGGGUACCAGCAGAUCCCCAAGUACAGGCAUGUGCCAGGCGUUGAUGUCUGUGUCACUGCAGCCCAGGGAAGCGCCUCCAAGCCGCACCCCUGCUCAUCUCCCUCGGUGCUGAGGUGAGCCAGGUCUGCGUGAUACAUCUCCAUCCAGACCAAAGCCGGAGAACCGGAUACCAAAACAGAAAGGCUUGCGGUCACGGCGCUCUCACAACUGAGCCAUUUCUGAAGAACAGCCUCAGGAAAAGGGCUGUGUAAAUGCGGCACCCUCUUACUCAGCAGAACAGGGCUCCCCGAGUGCGUUCCGAGCCCCAGCCGCGCUACGGAGCGCACCGGGCUGACGGACGCUGAAGCGGACUCGAUGCUCCCUGCGCUUCACCGGCACAGUUCGCAAGGCUUCAUCCCCACUGCCGGCAGCAGGCAGCGCAGAGCUCUGCUUACACACAGCGCUGCUUGCAAAGCGUCCCUGCGCAGGAGCUGCCGUUCAUCUGCACAGCCCUCGGCACGGCACUGAGGUAAAGACUGGGUUACGGCCCUCCGAGCUGGCUCGGGGGCAAUAACCCUUAGCCGUGGCCCCGCUCCGCGGCCAAGACGACUGCAGGCCCGGAUCCCGGCUUCCAGCGGCGAGGCCAACGGCUCGGGAGGAAACGCCGCGUCCGUGCCCCGUCAGGGCGCAGAUUCCGCCUCAGCCCGGCGGCUCGCCGCAGCGCGAGGCACAGACCGCCGUCACGCGCGCGCCCACC